GUGAAACAUUUGGGGGUCGUCAGAAAACAGGAACACAUGUAGUUUGGCUUUACUGACAAAACAUUUCAACGUGUCUUUUCUUCAAAGUGAUUUUUAGCUGCUGUCACGCUGCCCAGAAACACAGUUCACGUUACUCUCCUCCUCCUUUCAAGCUGGCGACGGAACCUGAAGCUCACCGUUUAUGAUGUCACAGGCCACCAAACGCAAACACGUGGUCAGGGAGGCUUUUGGGGACUUCGUCAUGCCCACAGAAAACCAGCAGAUUGUGAAGGUCACUGGUAGCCGUGGCAACAACCUCCAUGAAGCCGUCACAGCCCAGGGUGUGACCUUCCUGGUGAGCAUGCCCCCCAAGUUCCGCAAGAACCUUUGGAUCAAGAGAGGUCACUAUGUGAUUGUGGAUCCCAUUGAGGAAGGAGAGAAGGUGAAGGCAGAGAUCAGCUUCAUUCUCUACAAAGAUCACAUUCAGUACCUGCAAAAACAGCAGCUCUGGCCAGAGGGGUUUACGAAGGAGCCGGACAAGCCAAACAAAGAGCAGAAGAAGCAAGAGGAGACGGAGGAGCAAGACGAGGCCUUCAGUGGCUCCGAGGAUGAUGAGAGUGACCUCUUUGUAAACACCAACCGCUGUAACUACCAGUACAGUGAGAGUGAGGAGGAGGACAGCGAGGAAGAGGAAGACAAAGAGGAAAGGACAGAAAAGGGUUCAUAGUGGCAGCACCGAGGACACGGACGAUCGAGAGUGAGAGUUGUGAAAAUCACGAGGCGGUGUGCUCUGCUGUGCUGCUGCCAUCACUGACCGAUGAUUUGAAGAGAUGGCCCUCGUGCCACAGCUCCGUCUGGACUGCCUGAUGUAGCCGUCACGUGGCUGGGCUCAUUGAAUGGACUUUAAUGUAAUGGAACAGAAUGUCUUGCUUGUUAAAUUGAUUUAAAAAUAAUCAGUGAUGUCAAACGUUAACUUAACUGUCAGUUUGAACUCAUUCUGUAGUUUCACUGUCUUACUAAAAAUGUGUCAAACUCAAGCAUGUUUAUAGUCUGAACUUCAGUCCAGUGAUUGCUGUAUUGCUAGUACACUACAGGGUGUCCAGUAUACCCAGGUCAUGCUGUACAUUUGCAGGAUGUUAAUGUGAAUUGUUAAAUCCAUUCAUCAUCCUCCAUAGGACAACAUUGAAAAUUGCAUGACUCAAAACCUUGUCACCGUUGACAGACCACACUUUGAUCAUGUUUAAUUUGAGUUCUUAGUUUAGCGUGAGCAUUUAAACAUCUCUCCAGUGUUACUGGUCCUCUAGAGAAUAUUGCUUUAACAAGCUGGACUGUUACCGUUCCUACAGAUUAUUUGAUUUUCAAAUGAAUGCAGCCGAUAGCCUCGGUGAUUUUAAAGAUCAAAAUGCUCUGGUUCCAAUUGUAUCACGUUGUUCUAAUAGUUGGUCAUUGUGACUGAUUUGUGCCUCAUCUUUUUCUGACAUUCCUGACUGAUUUUGGUUUGUGUAAUGAUAAAAGUUUUGGAAAUAGAUUCAUUCUUAAGAUGUUUUUUUUUUUUUUCCAUCACUUGGACUUCGACAUCAUCCUCGACGUCUUCCACUUCAAGAAUUCCACAUCUUCUAAAGAAUAGCUUGCUUUUUAUUUCACAUUCAAAGAACCAUUUCUUCCAGAAACUGUUGCGCGGAAGGUGAUGACGGUAAACACGUUGUUCCCAGAUCUGCCACGUAUACAUUCACAAAAGAUGACAUAAUAUACUAUAUGGCAUAGAGCGAG